AUGCACGCCAAUGACUCAGAUCUGCACGGAGAGACUGCGCUCAUGCUUGCAGCGCGCAUGGGCCAAACCGACGUCGUCCGCUGCCUCUUGAAAGCAAACGCCAAGGUCAAUCUCAAAAACAACCGAGGCGAGACGGCCUUGUGGCUCGCGGCGCUGAGUGGUCACGUCGAUGUCGUCAAGCAACUGCUCGAGCGCUACGCCGACAUCCACAUCGUCAACAACGUUCAAGCCCGCGGAUCGCCCGAGUUUCGAGCGGCUUUCGCAGUGCAUCUUGCGCGCAAGGACACGGACGAAGCGUUCACAAAGCAAGCAUUUCGCAAGGCGAUUGCGUGCUCGCCGGCGCUGGGCCGCAUGUUUCUCAACGACUGCGUCACGCUCGACCGUCGCGACAUGCGGUUCAGUCAGGUACACGACUCUCUCUUUCGACUCGACUGA